CGGCAACUCCUAUCCUAUCCAAUUACCAGAGGCGAUGGGUGCGUCAUUAUAAAAACGGCCAUGAGUUGACAGAAAUUUACAUUUCAAAGCGGACUGACACCCACGACACAGCAACAGCUGCGAUCCUUAAAAAUACGCACUGCAGCCCUCCAGGACAAGGACCAAAAUCAGGAGGAAUCGAGAAUUGAAAGGAGCAGCCGAACCGAGCACCAACGUCAUGUGGCCGCCCAAACACGGCGCAUAUGCCAACAGUUCAUUAAUGAUCUAUGCAUUAAUGUGGUUCUCGUUGGCCGCGACAAUAGAAGCCAUUGACACACCCCUGCCGCUGUCCCUAGGCGAGUACCCUCACUUCCAUGAUUCUGGCGCGGAAUCGUUUUCGGGAUUAACCGGAUAUACACGAAAUUAUUACGGCCCGACAACAACUACCACAACUGGUGGCGUUGCAUCGCUGGCCGUCGGCGGUGGCAUAGGCGAUGACUUGGCAACAUAUGGAAAUUAUGCUCACAAGCUCCUGAACCAUCACCAUCAUCCGCCUCUCCCCCACCAGCAACACCAAUCCUUUGGCAGUACUGCCAAUGGGUUUGUGCCCUUCUACUACAACAGUAAGCUGCACUCGCAAUUUUCAGAGGAUGUGGAUGCGAAUGCGGAGACGGAGGCGCGACAGCCGGGAGAUAUCGAUUUUGUCAUUAAUGCGGCAAAUUAUGACCCCAAUACCGCUGGCUACGAGGCAGAGGCGGAGCUCCAGAAACAGCUAGAGCCACAGCACCAUCACCAGCACCCGCACCAGACCCAGUUUCAGGGAAACUAUGCAUAUCGGCCGCGGGUGUCGUUUCCCACGUCGCCUUCCAAUCAUUACCAAUUCGAACAAAUUUCCAAUUAUCAAGAGAACAGGGAGAACAGGCAACAGCACAGGCAUCAGGAGGAACGGGAGGAGGAUAUUUAUGCCAGGAUCAAGGGGCUACAGGAAUUGGCUAAUACAGUAAAGAGAGAGCAGCAGGACACGGCGGCAUCUAGUCACCAGACGCAGCAGAACCAGCACCAAUCACACCAGCACUACCUGCCGGAACAGCCCAUCCAGAAAUCGCAUGUAAAGUACAAUGUCCUGGAUCAACGACAGCAACAGAGAUCCGGAAAUGUUCAGGAUCAGCAGCUUUUGUACUCGAACACCGACACCCGCAUUGCAGACUUGCCACCCGUGACCACCAGUGUCCACCACACCCCAUCCAGCAGCAAAGCAGUGGCCGGACUGCCUCUGGCCAAGCACAUUGAAGUGACCCGGAACAUACCCGUCACCCACUACCAGAAGCAACAUGUGCCCUACAAGCAAACCGUCCAGAUGCAAGUGCCUAAAACUGUGAUCGCAGCGAUACCCAAGCCCACACCCAUAAAAGUGCCUGUGGCGAAGACUGUGGCAGUGCCCCAGCUUCAGGAGGUGAAGAUACCCAUCGAGCGAGUCAAGCCCGUGCCCGUGGAACGACCCAUUCCAUUUGUGGUGGAGCGGAGGGUUCCGUACCGAGUGGAGAAGCCGGUGGCGACGCCAGUCUACUAUCCGUAUCCGGUUAAAGUGCCCGUGGUGCGCACGGUGGUGCACAAGCAGCGACCCCACUAUGUAGCACCCGGAUGGAGUGCCACCGGCAAUCAUCUACUAGGCUGAGCCCCAAGUCCUCUACCCGGGGAGUGAAUAGAUGGACGAACUCUCUUUAAAACUGUACUAUGUAUGCAU